AUGGAACUAGAUGACGGUUCUAGAUUAGUUGAUCGCAUUCGGAAUAAUGCAACAGCUGCUGUUUCAGACGAAAUGUCGAAGUUGGAUUCUCUUCAACAAGAGUUAGAGUAUAAGAGACAAACGCAGGCCUUGCAGGAAUUGUUGGGUAAAAACGCCUUCAUGCCCAUUAAAAUAUCGAGUACAAUUGUUCAAGGACCCGAUCCCAUCAGAGAUAAUGUUCUUCAAUCUUAUCUCGAUGCUACAAUUUAUAAAGCAUCCAAUCUAAAUCAAUUAAUGUAUCAAUCUGAUGUCCUUCAUCGUUUACUUGUUUCCCAAUCAUUAGGAGAAUCGGUUACUCAAACUUUGGACUGCAGAGGGACGAUAAAUGCUCCAAUAAGUUCGAUACAAAUUCCAAGUAUUUUUCAUUCUAAUGAUGCCCCACAAAAUUUAUCUGUCCUUGAUAUUUUGCACCGACUUCAGAUAGAUCCUGUGAAGAGGUUCUCCGCUAAAACUGGGACAAAUAUUGGAAACGGGGAAGGGGACGGUUAUCUACAAUUCCAGUGGCGUAAUAUAUUAGGCGGUGGUGAGAAGAUAACGCUAGAUGCAACAAAGGGAACAAAAACGCACUCUUCGUAUUUGUUAAAUUAUACAACUCCAGUGAACCCAUGGUGGAUGGGAGAUCUGACGGCUUUUAAAAAUGCUGUUCAGCUUGGAAAAGCUGAGCUGUAUACAAGAGGUUUUAAAACCUCUUUGAGGAGUAUGUUCCUUGAUAAGCGUAGCUGGAAUCACGAAUUCAAUAUAGAAAGCGUCUUGAGAACAACCAGUAACAGGAACCCACAAGCAUCCGAUUCAUUGUUGUUACAAUGCGGCGACGAUUUCAAAAAUUCUAUCUCCCAUGCAAUUUCAAGAGAUUCAAGGGAUAAUGCUAUCUUUCCUUCGAGAGGGCAAUAUAUUAAGCUAUUUAACGAGCUUUCUUUGGGAACAUAUUGGAAAUCAAUUUUAGAGUUUACAGAUGCAAAAUCAUGGCUAGACAAAGAUUUCAUUACCAUGUCUACAACUAUCAAAGGCGGUUAUAUUGCAAACUUAAACUCAGAUAAUAAAUUUAUACACAUGAAGGACAAGUUCCAUAGUGGAGGAAGUAACGAUGUGAGAGGUUUUCAACAAAUGGGUUUGGGACCGAGAGACAUAUAUGACUCUAUCGGUGGUGACACAUUUGUUGCGUACGGCAUUAGCGUUUUUUCACGCUUGCCAGUUAAUAAGUGGUCCAAUUCAGGUUUUAGACUCCAUUGGUUUUUAAACGGCGGCAGACUUAUUAAUCACAACAAUUCAGAUUUAAGUGGGGUAUUAGAUCAACUAUGCAUGGAACACUCGAUAGCUACCGGUAUUGGCAUUCUAUUUAAACAUCCAGUUGCUAGAUUCGAAUUAAAUUUCACCUUACCACUAGCUGCGCAUUCCUCAGACUCCGUCCGGAAGGGAUUCCAAUAUGGUAUUGGAUUAUCAUUUCUAUAA